AUAAAAAAUCUCAACCGCGGUUUUGCCAAACUGAAGGCACUUGUGCCAUUUCUUCCCCAAAGCAGAAAGCCUAGCAAGGUUGAUAUCCUUAAAGGUGCAACUGAAUACAUACAAGUUCUCAGUGAUGUUUUGGAAGGAGCCAAGGAUUCAGAGAAGCAAGACCCAGAUAAGCAGAACUAUAGCAACAGUCCUCCUGGACCACAUAUAUCCUUGGCUAGAGAGCUAUCAAAAAACAUUAUCCAACAUACCAGCUGUGCUCCUGCCUUGAAGAAUGAAGAGGAAAGGCCCUGGGCAGAUGGUGGCAGUGGUGAGCCUGCAUAUGCUUGUUGCAAGAGCAUGCUGCCUGUGACUAGGAGUUAUUUCACUGGCCAGGAGUCUGGAUAGAAUUGCAGAAGUAGAAUUCCUGGCUCACAGACCCCUACAAAUGCAAAAGUGAAAAGGCCCAGGAUUACCUUGUAGGGACAAAUA